ACCACAUUUUUAACACACACAAUCACUAAUUUCCAAUAACGAAAUUUCAUCAUCUCUCUAGCUUGCUUGGUAUAUCCAGAGUUGACAAUGGAGUCUGGUGGCCAAGCAACAGUUGGGGGGAAGGCGGCAGAGGUGCCAUCGGAGUCUGGUGGCCAACCAACAGUACUGAGGCCGAUUGCAACCACGGCGUCAACUGAGAGUUUAUUGAAGUACGGAAGUUUGAUUUUAAGGACGGUAACCUUUGUGUUCUCCUUAAUUUCAUUUGCAGUUAUGGCAAGUAAUAAGGGUUUCAACACCACAAUCAAAGGAUUCAGUUAUGUAUUGGCGGCUUGCGUCAUUUCCACGGUAUACACAUUGCUUCAGAAUCUUCGUCACUUUAACUACCUCUCCACCGGAAAUCUUCUGCUUCCGGCGUGCGCUUCGAAUCUUGUCGAUUUCCUUGGAGAUCAGAUUGUUGCGUAUCUGUUGUUAUCCUCUGGAUCAGCGGCAGCUCCGAGCAUAGAUUUGAUAAGGGGAUUCGAGAAGGCAUUGAAGUCACUGGGAGCUAAUACCAAAGGAUCAAGUGUGAGUUCAGCUUCCACGGCCAUGGCUUUCUUAGCUUUCUUUCCUUUGGCGUUGUCAGCUAUGAUAUCUGGUUACAAGCUCUCUACCAAAACUUAUGUUUGAACUCCUGAAAAUUGAUUGAAUCGACUAUGUACACAUUGGUACGUACUGGCAGUGAUUAUGUACUCCAUGUAAUGUUUCAUUUUUGUGUUAUAUUGUAACGAAAUGUCUAAACAAAC